AUGUUUCCGUUCGAGCAACUGCCCGUUGAGAUGCGAGUCGAAAUUCUAAAAAGGACCGAAUUCCGAACGGUGCAAUCGAUGAGGAGGGUCUCGAAAGGAAUGGAUAGUUGCAUUCAUUCAUUUCGAAAAUAUAUGCGGCCAAUGGAAAUUUUUCAAAUGCUUGUCACAACGGAGAAAAUCUGUUUCACCCUUGCAAACGCGUUCGAAAUCUGCUCGGUGAGCCAUGAAGACGCCAAAUAUUUUUUCCAUUCGGCGUUUGUCGAAACCCUUUGGAUUGAAAUGGGCGGCAGCGAGUUGGAGCCGUUUGAAUUUAUUACGACAAUUCUUCCAAAAACGCUGAAAGUGGAAUUUUUGAAGUUGGGAGGGUCUCGAACGGAAUGUGAUAUUUCAAAAAUGACUGCAUUUAUGGACGAUAUACGCUGUAAAAACUUGAUCAUUGAGUACAGAUUCUGCCUUCCAGUUGAUUUUUUCAAGACAUUCCCUCUUUCCAAGCUCGAAGGUAUUACAAUUGGAGAAGAACGAUCCCAUCACAAUUAUGAGCGAUGGUCGGUAGAUUGCUUCAAGAAAUUUAAAGGCACAUGGCUCGAAAUCGGGCAAAACCAACUCACUCCCAGCAAUAUUCUUCAAAUUGUCCAGGAUUGGAAGUCUUUCGAAAUUUCGAAAAUUGUCAUGUAUAAUAUUGUCUUGAGUUUUCCGAUUCGAUCAGUCGCUGAAUCUUUGCGCAACACAACUGUACAAAUCACACCAAUUCGAUGGAAAGCAUUUAGGCGACGAGAAAAUGAAGAGAAUUCGGAAACAUUGGAAAUUAUUUGCUACCCAAAAACAAAUCCAGCGUUUUCAGUUCCGAACGAACUCUUCUACUACUUGGGAAAUAUGGAACAAAGCGGAUCUUCUGUUCGCGAAAAUGAACAACAUCUGCGAGAUGAGAUUCUUUGCAAAAUUGAUCUUCACAAUCAUCCGAACAGAUCAAGAUUUCUUGCCGAGAUCACCGAGCCGCCAUCUGUCGACCCAUCAACGAUAGUUUUCUGCGCUGAUAAGACAAUGGAGGGAACGGUUCGCAUUGCGAGCAAAAUUGUUGAAAAGAGCUCUGUAAUGGUAUCCGAUGCCAAUGAGAAAUAUUGGCCAGUGAUUCUACUCUACGCCGAAUCUACUGUCAAGGUUUCGGAAUCACAUUCGAAGGCGGUGGCAACGGUGUCGUCAAUGGCGCCGUACUAUCAUAAUCUUUCGCAAUUCAUUUUGGACAGUCAGGAAUUGUUUCGAAACAUGGUCCAUCAAUUGAAUUUGUUGAGAACAUUCGACACGAGAGCCCUUCCAAAAUCAAAUGAGCUCUCAUUUCUUCGAGUUUGGCGAUCAUUGGGUGACUUGCUGGCGAUCAGUGUUACUCUUGAUUUGAUUGUUAAAAACCACCCGGUUGUAAGAUCUCAGAUGGAAGUCAAUUUGACUCAUGUAAGCAACACUCUUGAACAGAAUGGAACACUCGAUGAGACACACGUCGGGAUGUACAAGCAAGCAAAACGCGUUAUUGAACAGUUCUUGUCCAACAUUUUGGGUGGCAAUGCGUUCAGAAAUGCUUGUGCGAUGUCACUUGGAGAACUUGACAAUUCUCGUGAUCUUGCCGAUGCUUUCGAACGCGCUGUCGAACAAUUAUUCAAUGAAUAUCAAAACACUGCAGGAUUUGGAAUCCCAGCAACAAAUUCAAGUCUCUUCUUAUCACUAUGCUCUCUUGCCGGCUAUUAUUAUCUUCAUUUUCCGCAAUUCGCGCGCCCGAAGCUGUUAAAGCUUCUCGCGACAAUUCAGCCGAAAAAUGUCGUGUUUUAUGUGAUCGGAUCUAUUGGAUUCUUCCCAAUGGAAUUCUUGUGCACCGAAGUUGGUGAUGCGAAGUUCUUCGAUGAGAAAUAUAAGAAAAGCUUUGCGUCUCUGAAAAGAAGUGUGUUGUCCGAAGGAGCUGCAAAGACGUUGCUCAAUGAGCUUGUGACACAUGCGAGAAGAACGAGUGCAUGGAAAAAUAGCAUAUUUAUGAAUUUGAGAAAACAAAGAAGAAGCAGAAAACGAAAUCCAGUUUCGCUGUUGUUAGAGCUCUCGGAGCUGUUCAUGGCCGGUGUGCAACAUGCCGAAAUCACGACCCGACUCUUCAAAUCGUUAAUGAUUCUUUACGCUGAAAACACUGACAAUGAUAUCGGCGAGGUGUCGAAGUUUGAAACCCACAUGCUCAUCGAUGUUGUCACUGAAAUCAAGUCGAUUGAGAUGAUUUUCGACAAAUGUUGGAAGAUGUUCAUGAGAGCCAAUAAAUUAGCCGAGCAGCAAUAUCGCGUCUACGCGAUCAAAUUUGUCGAUCAGGCGAUGGAAAAAAUGACGCGAAUGAAUUUGCCGCAGAGCUUUUACCGAUCCCGAUAUGGCGCGUUGACGGCUGCCAGAAAUUUGCUGUUGGACACGGGAUCAAAGGAGCGCAUGAUCUCAUGUAGGAUUGCUUUGCAACUUGCCGAUGUUGAGCGCUACCUUCCUGCCAGCGAAUACUACAAGCUCGAUGAGUUCGUUCGACGCAUCAGCGCGCUUGCUGGUUGCUACGGAAUAGCGAAAAAUUCGACCAAUUGCUCGUUCCUCUUCCACUCGCUUCCGUUCUUCCACAAGUUUUGGAUGCGAGUGACAAAAAAGAAGUGCUCAUACGAGGCGCUUCAACACUUCUCGCGUGUUAUUGAUGAUAUUGCUUCAUUCUGUGCCCGCGCGAAACAUAAGAUUCCGUCAUACACGAUUCCGAUGCAGGAUGUGUUCACGGAUGAAAUGAUUGAGAUCAUGAAGAAGAAUUUCUUGAAUCCAUUGUGUGUGAGAAUUGAAAAUGAUUUGAGAGUUCAAACGCACCCACACCUUACAAUUGAUGAGCGUGAUCGCAUCACUGAAGAUGAUGUCAAUUAUAUUAAAAUGCUCAUGAGAAGAAAAGAGCUUCGCAUUUAUGAUCGCAUCAUCGAUGUUUCAGAAUAUAUAAUUUCAUAUCUUGAAAGAACGUUUUUCAACUUGAUUGUGAUCGCUCCCAAUGAAAUGGACACUUAUUUAAGAAUGGUUAACAUGGCUCGUGAAAAAUAUGGAAUUAAUGUCAAAUUUGCUCAACUUUUGCAUGAAAGUCGCGAAUACAACGGCGAUGUUCAACAUAUUACAAAUUACCUUGACUGGUUCUCCCAUUAUUUCAACUAUAGCAUUCAUCGAAAGAUGUUUAUUGAGAAAAUGGCGGCGGAUCGUAAGCUGAUGGUCGUCGGAAUGGAUGAUUUCAAAAGUUCGAUUGAAAAAUAUAACGCUUCGCUGUUUUCCUUGAGUCUUAGCAAAGCUUAUAAGAUUCUUAGCAAGAAGAUGACGACCGUUUACAAUCUAUUUGGAAAUCCUAUGAUUAUUGGGCAGAUUCAAGUAUUGCUACGCGAUUAUACCAAACAAGUCGAUGAGCUUAAAGACUAUGCGCUUUCCCAAGAUCACGUUUUGAAGUUUAUGAACUCUUUGGAGUCUUUUGAAAUCGAUGGGUUGUUCGACCCAAUUGAACAAUAUCCAGCAGCAAAUGACAAUAAUCGAAAACAAGAAGAGCCACACGAAGAGACCGAAAAGGGAACUCUUGAAAAUAUUAGACUUCUCGUCACUCAGAUUGGAAACGUGUUGGGAUUCUCAAAGAAUUUAAACAUUGCUACCUUGGAGCACCUAUCUCAGAAUCCAGCAGCUUCUAUUAUCGAUGAGCUCUCGCCGACAACUGCAUCGGACUUCCUUGAGGAGACUGAAGAGAAUAUGACGAUUGCUUCGUACUUGAUGAGACGCUUGGAAGAUCAGUAUUCUGAGGCCCCACAACCACGCGAUGCUGAUUUAGCUGACUUCUACGUGCCAGCUUUCCAAGAGACAUUCGACAAGAUUCGUCGCGAGGCUAGAGCGUCUAACUCAAACACCAAUGGUUCUGAGAUGUUCUUUAUAAUGGUUCCAGCAUUGGUUAUGUCCCAUGCUGAACACAUGCUCGAAUGCAAAAGCCGCCUACAGCGUUCGAUUUCAAUGGAACACAAUAUCGAACUAACAUUCACUGAUGAUGGUUUUUCUAUCGGACUCGCUUUCAUUCUGGUCGUUUUCCGUCAAAAAGACUUCUUUGAUCAGGUUGAAUGGUUCCAAUCUGUUAGAAAGCAUAUCGAAAACAAAAAACAAAUGCCGGUGACGACGUCUGAAGUCGCGAAUAAGAUGAGAUGUGAUCGCCUGACUGCCCUUGAGAAGGAAAUUAAUUAUAUUGAGACAACUUUGAACACGGCGGUUUCGUUCUACGACAAAGCCAGCACAUUUUUCUGUCGCGGAUUCCAAUCGCAGAACAUGGCGUCGAUUUUCAAUUAA